CACGAAUGGUGGCUACCGCUUGUGCACAUUUUGGUCAGGUAUACCGCGCCUCGAUUGGCAGGAUUUGUGGUAGCGCAGGAUUUACCGCGACAACGUUAGGGUCGUUUUCUGUUCCCCCGCCGGUCGCCUCGAAAGAUAUCUGAAUGGUGGCACCAGAGCUGCCGUAUUCAGGUAAAAUAUUCGACUCGAUCCGCCUUUCAAUCCACGCCGGAUUGCAUGCUUCUAGAGCUUAUGGUGGCAACGUAUCGGUCCCCGCAAGGUCAGAAUUCCCCAACACAACUCGUAGUUUGGGCAUGGAACUUAUCAUAACCAAAGGCGGCAUGCAGAAAUAUACGCUUCGGAGCGUCAAGGGAUAUGGAAGAUCAUGGGAUUAUACGCUCCGGAGCGCAGUGGUGGCCCAGGAAAGCCCUUCGAACGGAAUGGUAGACGACCAACGGGAUUAUACGCUUUGGAGCGUCGUGGUGGCUAAGGAGAGCCCCUUGAAAGAUACCGAACCGACCAAAUUACGCUUCGGAGCGUCGCGGGCUACGGAGGAGAAGGGGCUAUACGCUUCGGAGCGUAGUAGUGGCGAAUGA